AUGGAUGUGGGCUCCUGCAACCUCGGCGGCAACGCCGACGCGGUGGAGUUCUGCCCGCACCGGCCCUUCCGCCACGUCCUGGCCGCCGCGACGUACACGCUGCAGGAGCAGGCGGGGGAGGAGCAGCAGCAGGACCGCGCGGGCACCGUGUCGCUCUUCUCCGUCGAUGCUGCCGCGGACGACGAGUCCAGGCGGCUCCGGCUGCUCCACACGGUGGAGACCGCCGGCGUCUUCGACAUGAAGUGGAGCCCUACGGACCCGGUGCUCGCGCAGGCCGAUGCCCACGGCCGCCUCGUGCUCCGGCGCCUCGAGCAGGAGGACGGCUCGGAAGAAGGUGUUCUUCUCACAGAUGUCUGUGCUGGAGAUGUUUCUUCUUCAAUGUGCUUGUUUGUGGAUUGGAACCAAAAUGCUGAUUCCCUGUCCGUCGCAUUAUCAGAUGGUUCGCUAUCUGUGAUUUCCGUGAGAGAAGACCGCUUGGAGGUAUCAGAACAGUGGACCGCUCAUCAGUAUGAAGUUUGGACAUGUUAUUUUGAUCGUGCAAGGCCAAACGUGUUGUACAGUGGAUCAGACGACUGCUCUUUCAGUUGCUGGGACUUGCGGGAAAGCCCAUCAAAUGUUGUGUUUCGGGAUAAAAAGUCUCAUACUAUGGGUGUAUGUUGCAUUGCUCAGAACCCAUUGGAAGGAAACAUUCUGCUCACUGGAAGCUAUGAUGAAUAUCUCAGAGUCUGGGACAUGAGAUCAAUGGCGAAACCUGUGAAUGAGAAGUCCCUAAAUUUAGGGGGCGGCGUAUGGAGGAUAAAAUAUCAUCCUACUAUCGCGGAUGUCAUAUUGGCUGCAUGCAUGCACAAUGGGUUUGCCAUCGUUAAGGUUGGUACCGAAGAUGCUACAGUAAUGGAAACAUAUUGCAAGCACGAGUCGUUAGCAUAUGGUGCAGAUUGGCAGACAAGUGAAGUGGAAGAACAUAACACAGAUUCUUCAGUUAUUGCUACUUGUUCAUUUUAUGAUCGCCUUCUCCGUGUGUGGAAACCGGAGAACCUAGUCAACCACCCAAGCUUUUAAGUCAUACACCAUCAUUGUGCUUAGUUCUUGUAUCACUAUGGCAUGAGAUGGCCUAUAUUCUGAAUGAACCAAAUUGAUUUCAUUCAGGUUGCUUUUUGCAUUUAUGUCUGUUGAAGUGUAUAAGUAGAUUGCCUAGCCCUUUCCAUCAGUUCGGACUUUUGGUUGCGUUGGCUAGUGCAUGAAGCUUAACAUUGUAUGAGA